GCCGCUCGGCAUGGCCGCCCCGGGCCGCGGAGGCCGCUGGGCGCUCGCGCUGCUGCUGCUGCCGCCGCUGCUGGUGCUGCCCGCGCCCGGCGCCGCCGCCGAGAUCACCUUCGAGCUGCCCGACAACGCCAAGCAGUGCUUCUACGAGGACAUCGCGCAGGGCACCAAGUGCACGCUCGAGUUCCAGGUGAUUACUGGUGGUCACUAUGAUGUAGACUGUCGCUUAGAAGAUCCUGACGGUAAUGUGUUGUACAAAGAAAUGAAGAAACAGUAUGACAGCUUUACCUUCACAGCCUCCAAAAAUGGGACAUACAAAUUUUGCUUCAGUAAUGAAUUUUCCACUUUUACACAUAAAACUGUAUACUUUGAUUUCCAAGUCGGAGAAGACCCACCUUUAUUUCCAAGUGAGAACCGUGUCAGUGCUCUCACCCAAAUGGAAUCUGCCUGUGUUUCAAUUCAUGAAGCUCUGAAGUCUGUCAUUGAUUUUCAGACUCGUUUUCGUUUGAGAGAAGCUCAAGGCCGAAGCCGAGCAGAGGAUCUAAACACCAGAGUGGCCUAUUGGUCAGUGGGAGAAGCCCUCAUUCUUUUGGUGGUUAGCAUAGGGCAGGUAUUUCUUCUGAAAAGCUUUUUCUCAGAUAAAAGAACCACCACAACUCGGGUUGGAUCAUAACUCCGUCUUGAGAAUUGAUGCACCAUUGCCACUGUAAAUUGCUGUCCUCUAAUUAAUUUUAGAUACUGAAGAACUUAAUAUUGGCAACAUUUUUAAAACCUUACUCAUACAUUUGUUGGGAUGUACAAUGCCUGGCCCCAAACUGUGGAAAGGACACCUUUUUUUAUUUGUAAAGGUAGAAAAACUUUGAAACUUAUUUUGGGGUAUUCUUGUUAAAUAUUCAGCAUCAAUGAUCUAUUCUUUUCUUGGUUGUUUAUAUUGUACUCUUCACAUACUAAACUUUGGUAUUUUGAUUCCUUUUAGUCAUGUUAAAAUACUUUUCUUCUAGGUAGUGGGUAUUUUAAACAUUUUUGAGUUAAUGUCUACAAUGUUGCGGAGGAAGAAAAUUGCCUUUUGUUUGUAGUAAAUAAAAUUUUAUCUUUUAA